UGAUUGGCGGGUGACAGGUGGGCCUUGUCACAUACCAGCUGCACUCGGAGCCACUGCACAGAUCUGCGGAGGAACGGCGACGCUGACAGAGAAUGGCCCUGCUCCAGCUCACGCUUCUUCUGGCCAUCGGCUUCCACGGCUGUGCUUCGAGUGCAGAUGUGUGGCAGCGUGAUCCGGAUGCGCUGAGGGUGACUCCAAACGGGGACGUCUGCCAUGACUGCACCCAAAUCUUCGAACUCAUCGCUGACCUGCUCUCCAACGCAGACUUCCAGAAAAAAAUGAUUGCUGGUGUUGAGAGACUGUGUGAUCUCCUUCCUGGUGAAACUAAAAAACUCUGCAAAGAUGAGGUGGAGAAGAUGCUUCCAUUUGCCAUCACAUUCAUUACUGGGGUUGCAAAACCAGCUCAGCUCUGCAAAGUUCUUGGACUCUGUGCCGUCGACCAGGAGACGAUGAGGGCAUUGCUCCUUCAGGCUAAUUGGAUCAGUGUAAAUUUGGAACCUGAAAACCAGUGCUCCUUCUGCAUUUUGUUUGUCAAGACUUUGGAGGGGCUGCUGCCUAAAGAAAGAACCGAGAGCGCUAUCACCAAGGUGCUGGAGGAGGUUUGCCGCAUUUUGCCGUCCACCUACAAAGACCAGUGUGAGGCCGUCGUCGACAGGUUCACCAAGGCGGUGCUGGACGCGCUCAUGCACUACGCCACCCCCCAGACCAUCUGUGCCCUCCUGCACCUGUGUCACGGGGAGGACGCCGCUGUUGAUCCGUGCACUUUGGCAACAUACAGAUGCAGAGACGUCAAAACGUCUGUCCAAUGUGGAACUCUGUUCUACUGUCAAAGAUUCGCCUGGAAGUCUCUGAAUCACAACACAAUCUAAAAGUUGAGGGUUGGACCAAACACAACAGCCAACGUUUGUGCCUCCACAGCUUUCAACAUCAAACUGCAAACAUUUCCCUAAUCCUGAGGAAUUCUGCCCGAUAGGAUUUCCUUCAGAUGCUGAUUUGUCAUCUUGCUGCUUUUUGUGAUUUUCUUUCUUUGUAUAGUGUUUGUGCAUAAAGUGCUGAUCUUACAAUAUUUUAUGGACAAAUGAUUCUGCUGUAAUUAAUGUUGCAAAGAUAUAAAAGUAUAAAUGCUAAACGCUUAAAACAUCAGUUUGUGUAUGAUUUUUGAUGUGCAGCAAUGAUGUUUAACAGCAAUUUUAAAUAAAAAGCUUGUGAAACCAGAAAAGAAACUA